CUCUCUCACCUCUCUCCCUCUCUCUCUCUCUUCAUUUUCAUUGCAUGUUCGUAAUUCAAACAUGGCAAAAGGUGGAAAAUUAUUGAAGCUAAAAUCUGCGCUCAAAAAAUGGAACUCGUUCGGAAACGGAAAACAGAACCGCCACAGCAUCAGCGCCGUCGCCGAUGAAGAAUCCUCCUCCUCCUUCAGAUCCGACCUUCACAGCGUCUUCGUCGGCAAGUCCCGCCGUCUUUACCGUGUCACCUCCGACGUUGUCGACAACCCUGUCUUCCGUGAACUCAUCGAAAGGUCCCGUGAAACCGAACAAGAAAACGACAACGUUAAUGUCGUAGCAUGCGAGGUUGUUCUUUUCGAACAUUUGCUAUGGAUGCUCGAAAAUGCUGAUCCUCAACCUGAGUCACUCGAUGAACUCGUCGAUUUCUACGCUUGUUAGUGCUAGCUUCCAAUUCAACCAAAAAAAAAUCCACCAAUAUUUUUCUUAUUAAUUAAUAAUUAUAUUUCCUUUUUUUUCAUCUUCAAUAUUCUAUUUUAUAUAUACAUAUAAUAAUAAUAAUAAUAAAAUAUUCUCUACUUUGAGAUCUUGUACAAAGAUGUGGAUGAGAUGUAAAGUUCACAUUCAUCCAAACACCUCUUAUCCAAGCUCAUUUUGCCUCAGAAUUCAUCUGAUAUAUUAGUGUUUGUUAGCGUCGAUAAUGAUCGCCUCUGACGAAGUGUUGAUAUGAUCGCACCUUGCUGCAGAUAGAAAAGAAAAGAAGUUCGAGAUUGUGUUGAUGGUAAUAAAUAAGUAAUUCAUAAGGAGAAAGUGAUCCAUCAUUUGUAUUUCCAUGUUGUAUAUUUUUAAGAGAAAAAGAACUAUUGUCAAUAAUUUUGAUUAUUAGUAUUUUAAGUGGUUAGUUAAACAUUGGUUAAUAUAGAUUUUAGUUGAGUUUUCUAGUUGUGGAGAUGAGCGUUGGAGAAUAUGUUAUGUUAUGAUAUGUCCUUUGUUGUAAUGAAUAUGGGAGAUUGUGGACAAUAUAUAAUGUAAGUUGUUAUUUGUUUUUGUACAA